AUGGGCAUUGCGGCGGUGAUAAACUCCACAUUUGUCGCAAACACUGCGUCUGUUCCACGAGAGGACAUGGCUACUGCGGUCGGAGCUGUAUAUCUCUUUCGCACCACAGGUCAAGUCAUUGGCGUGAGCUUGUCUGGAACGUUAUUCCAAGCCAUCCUCAUCAAACAACUACGAGAAAGGAUGCCGGGUUCUAACGCCAGUAUCAUCAUCGGCGCGGUUAGGCGUAAUGCGGGACUUGUUAGAUCCCUCGAAGGUGCUCAGCGACAAGCAGCUGUCGACUCGUUUGCGAUCGCAUUGAGAACAGUCUUCAUCUGCCAAGCUGCUCUGUCAUUACUCACCCAACAAGAUGUCCGUAUCCUGUGCUUGGGUUUGGACGCGGCAGGGAAGACGACGCUGCUUUAUCAACUCCAGUUAGGAGAGGUCGUAUCGACCGUGCCGACUAUUGGCUUCAAUGUCGAGACAUUGGUCUACAAGAACAUUAAACUUGUUCUUUGGGAUCUCGGAGGCCAGUCGAGCAUCCGUAGUUACUGGCGUUGCUACUUCCAACACACUUCGGCGAUCAUCUACGUUAUAGAUGCAGCAGACAAGGAUCGGCUACACACGACCAAGGCGGAGUUGUUGUCAAUACUAGACGAGGAUGAGCUCAAGGGUGUCCCAGUCCUUGUCUUUGCGAAUAAGCAAGACAUUCCUGGUGCAUUGCCUCCCGCAGAGAUUAGUGAAGAGCUUGGUUUGGCAGGCGGCGAAACGACGAGGCCUUGGAGUGUACGAGGUUGCUGUGCGAUCAAAGGGGAAGGCUUACACGAUGGUCUCGAUUGGCUUGUAUCCAUGUUGACAGCUUCCAAGUGA